AUGAACAAAAACGGAACAGCUAAAAUGAAUGAUAAUCAAAUUAGAGCAGAAGGUAGAAGGUUAUUUAAACGCUUCUAUAACAUUCCUGAUGGUGUUAAUCCUAAAACUCGUAGAAGCUAUUUAAAUGAAGCAAUAGAUUCAUAUGAAGGGUUUGACAUUUCAUCAGAAAGUGAGAGAUUAGCGAGAAUGUUAAAUGUUAAUAUUGAUUUCUAUUAUUGUGAUCCUCAACCAGAAGACGUGGACAUAAAUAAGGUAGACUUUCCAUUAGUGGAAUCAAUAAUGAUAGAUCCAGAAUUUGAAACAGUAAAUAUUUUAUUAACACAGAGUCCAUGUGGAAAACUUCACGCUGACAGAAUAACAGACGUUGAAGCACUCACCGGCUAUAGAGUUUGUCCAUAUUGUAAAGAAGAAGUUUAUUCUAUCCGUGAUGAUCCAGAAAGGAAAAACCAAAGAAGAUUUUUAAAGCAUUGUGAGAAAUGUAAAGAAAAUAAUGGAAGAUUAAUUCAAGACGUUCAGUUGCAAAAGACACAGCAACCAUAUGCACCACAUAUUACGAAACAGAAGAUAUAUCAGUG